UGUUCUGAAGCCAAUUCAACGAGUAACACGAUUAAACAAAAGCGCCAAAUUUCAACGGCUUCAAAGCAUCAAAGAGUCAAAGUAAUGUUCGGGUUGAGGUGCACCAAACCCGAAUGCUUCUGACCCAGUCUCUCAAUUCGGACCUUCUGAAAUGUAGAAAUGCCAAACUUUAUAUUUCAUCAAAACAAUAACCCCAAAAAACAGGGAAAAACCAUGUCUUUGUCUUGUCUCUAAACUGGGUAUCUUCUUAAUUUAAAACACGGUUUAGGGCCUUCAAUUCCAGCUCAAUUAAAAAAAAUCGUGUCUUUUAUCUCAGAAAUCCCAUUUCUUAAACAAAUCUUAUGUAAAAAAAAUACUUUUUAAUCUAAUAAAAUGGAAAUAAACGGAGGUGCUUGUAAUUCUGAGGAUAAACGACGAAAUGCACAGGUUGAAGGUGAAGCAUCCGUUUUGAGUUCGAAUGUACUGUUGGAUCACGUUGGAGAGGUUACUCUCACUCUUCAUUCGGAUGGGUUAUCUUGGAAAUCACUUGAUUCCUUCGAUAAUGGUGCGUCAACUUGUUUGGGAAUUAAAUUUGUUCCUGAAAUCGCAACAGAGUUUAAACUCUCUGAUAUCUAUGCUGUAGAGUUAACUGACAGUGAUAUGAUUCAAGAAUCAAAUCUUACAUGUGCUGGGGAAUGUUUCUUGGGGAAUGACUCUGAUUAUUCUGAGAUGAACCACUUUGCAGUGCAUUCCUUUCAAAAGUCUAAGUCACAGCCUUGCCUUUGGAUCUUGGCCAUGUACACUUUUGGUCACAAGGACUUGCAGACAUGUCAGAUGUGGGUGAAUAAAAUUAAUGAUUCUCUAAAUAAGGAAGUUGGGAGACCAAAGAAUCUUCUGGUAUUUGUUCAUCCAAUGAGUGGGAAAGCAAAUGGCUGGAGGACCUGGGAAACUGUGGCUCCUAUAUUUUCACGUGCUAAAAUAAACGCAAAGGUGAUUGUAACACAGAAAGCAGGGCAUGCAUUUGAUGUGAUGACAUCUAUUUCAAACGACGAGCUGAAUUUAUAUGAUGGUGCUGUAGCUGUUGGUGGUGAUGGUUUCUUCAAUGAGAUCCUUAAUGGCUAUCUUUCUUCAAGGCAUAAAGCUCCUUUCCCUCCUGCCCCUUCAGAUUUCCUUGACGCUCUGGGGAAUGAUGUCAACUCCUUAGUUCACUGUCAAAAGAAAGCAGGCUUUGAGACUCAUCACAACAAAGAGAGUGAUCCUUUCCUCCCGAGCUUGGAACAUAAUGAAUCUCAAUUUUCUCAUUUGGGAACUAAUGAUGGUUCUCACUCCGUAGAUAAAGAAAUUGAGUAUUCGCUCCCUAAUCGGAAGUUUAGAUUUGGAAUAAUUCCUGCAGGUUCAACGGAUGCCAUUGUGAUAUGCACCACCGGCAUUCGAGAUCCUAUAACAUCUGCACUACACAUUGUCCUGGGUAAAAGGGUGUGCCUUGAUGUUGCUCAAGUUGUAAGAUGGAAAACUACUUCUACCUCAAAGGUUGAACCUUAUGUACGCUAUGCGGCUUCUUUUGCUGGGUAUGGAUUUUAUGGAGAUGUCAUUACAGAGAGUGAAAAAUACCGGUGGAUGGGCCCCAAACGGUAUGAUUACGCUGGAACAAAAGUGUUUUUGAGACACAGGUCCUAUGAAGCGGAAGUAGCUUACCUGGAAGUUGGUUCAGAAACAAUUAGUUCAAUUCCAGAUGGAAGUAGGCUGUUUGGUAAGGUGUGGAGCUUGAAACGAAAAAAAUCUGAAAGAAUAAUUUGCCGAGCAAAUUGCAAUGUGUGUAAUAAAAAGCCAGUUUGUUCUUCCACAAGAAGUCCCCCUGCAACACCUUACAUGAUUUCACAAGAAACAAGAUGGCUUAAAUCUAAAGGGCGUUUUCUUAGCGUUGGUGCUGCCAUAAUGUCUAACCGAAAUGAAAGGGCACCUGAUGGUUUGGUGGCCGACGCACAUCUUUCAGAUGGUUUCCUGCAUCUUUUAUUAAUUAGAGACUGCCCUCAUGCAUUAUAUCUCUGGCACCUUACGCAGCUAGCAAUGAAAGGUGGAAACCCCCUGAAUUUCGACUUCGUGGAACAUUACAAGACCCCAGCUUUUACAUUCACUUCCUUCGGCAAUGAGAGUGUCUGGAAUCUGGAUGGUGAGCUUUUUCAAGCACACAAAUUUUCAGCGCAAGUGUUUCGAGGCCUGGUUUGCUUAUUCGCAUCCGGUCCUGAAGUUUAGUAGGAGAAAUAGGAAAGAUGGUCUCAUCAAAGCAGUAAAGGAUUCAAUUUACACCAUUACAG